CCACAUAUGGCCUCCUUUACCUUCAUGUCUCUGCAGCUGCAUCAAGAGAAAUUCAUCCCCUUCUCUCUCCCUAGGUACCAUCCCUCGCUCAAAACUUCUAACUUUCAGUUUUUUUCUCUUUCUCUCACUUCCUUUCCUUUCAAAACCAACCAUAAACGAAAACUUCAUCAUGUGAAAUCUCAAGCUUCAGCCCCAAAGUUUAGUACUUUAGAACGACGAACUUCCGUAAACACUAAAAGUAUCGACAGAAAGAAAGAAAUUAGACGUGGGUAUUCUUCAGCGAAAUCUAUAGAUAAAAAGGUCAGUAAAAAUACAGUGAAAAAUCAUGUUGAUUCAGUUCUGGAGGAGAAAUCUGGAAAGAGGUUCUCGAGACAUACCAGGGAAACCCCAGCUUAUCGAGAAACGAAGGGAAUGAAUUCUGGGCAUUCCUCUCGGUCCUCUAAGGGUAAGUCUCUGGAAGCUAGUGGUAACUAUAGAAUUACUGAGGAAAUAGAGAAGAAAGACAAUGGAAAUCAGGUAGUAAAGGGGAACAAGAAGAAGUCAAAGAAGGAUAACGAAUCUCCAGAAGUCAAAUUGCGGGUUGCUUUGGAUCAGUGUUCCAAAAGAGGGGAUGUAAUGGAGGCAUUAUCUUUGUAUGAUAAGGCUCGAAGUAAAGGAAUCAAAUUGGGGCAGCACAACUAUACAGUGCUGUUGUAUCUUUGUUCUUCUGCAGCCGUUGGUGUUGUUCGACCAGCUAAAAGUGGAAGUGGAAGUCGAACUUCUGAAAAAUUGGCUUUGCCUAAGGAAGUUGUGAGUCCCCUAGAGUUCAGGGAAUUAAUAGAUAAAAAUGAAAGGGAAUUAAGUAGGAGUAAUACGGAUGAGAGACUAGUUGACACAGCGAAGAGUAAUGAAACAAUCAAUAGGACAGAGUUGAACUCGAAUGAUAAAAUGACCAAGUCCUGCAAUGGAUUGCUAAGACAGAAUACUCAUCCUAGGAAGGAAGGUGAUGAGUUUUCAGCUGUUCAAGAUAUUGAAUACAACCAAGAGGACCAUGAAAUUUUGGUAAGUGAAGAUGUCAAGAAAUAUGCUCUAAAGAGGGGGUUUGAGAUAUAUGAGAAUAUGCGCAAUGAGGGGGUCACAAUGAAUGAAGCAGCCUUAACGUCCGUGGCUAGAAUAGCCAUGUCAAUGGGUGAUGGCGACAUGGCUUUUGAGAUGGUGAAGCAAAUGAAGAUGCUGGGAAUUAAUCCCCGGUUGCGAUCUUAUGAUCCUGCUCUCUUCACGUUUUGCAAUAAUGGAGAUGUGGAAAAAGCAGUUUCUGUUGAAAAACAAAUGCUGGAAGAUGGUGUCAAUCCAGAGGAGCCCGAGUUGGAGGCACUUUUAAGAGCAAGCAUUUUGGCCGGCAAGAGUGACAAGGUCUAUUAUGUGUUGCAUAGACUAAGAACUACUGUUAGGGAAGUCUCAACCUCUACUGCAGAGGUGGUUAUUAAUUGGUUCAAGAGCAAGCAAGCUUCAAGGGUUGGGAAAAGGAAAUGGGAUAAGAGAUUGAUGAAAGAAACAAUAGAAAAUAAUGGUGGAGGCUGGCAUGGGCAGGGAUGGUUGGGUAAGGGACAAUGGGAAAUUUCCCAUACAACUGUUGCUACUGAUGGAAUGUGUAAAUGCUGUGGGGAGCAUUUGGCCACUAUUGAUCUAGAUCCCGUUGAAACAGAGAAAUUUGCCAACUCUGUUGCAUCUAUUGCUAUAAUGAGAGAGAAAAGGUCAAACUUUCAGAAGUUCCAAAAAUGGCUUGACUAUUAUGGACCUUUUGAAGCAGUGGUUGAUGCUGCAAAUGUGGGACUUUUCAGCCAAAGGAGAUUCAUGCCAUCCAAGAUAAAUGUUGUUGUUAACGGAAUACGUCAGAAGCUGCCUUCAAAGAGGUAUCCACUUGUUAUUUUGCAUAAUAAGCGUAUUACAGGGCACAAGAUGGAUGAACCAUUCAACAGGGAAUUAAUUGAGAAGUGGAAAAAUGCUGAUGCACUUUAUGCCACACCUACCGGAUCAAAUGAUGACUGGUACUGGUUGUAUGCAGCUAUAAAAUUCAGGUGCUUAAUUGUGACCAAUGAUGAAAUGAGAGAUCAUUUAUUUCAACUUUUGGGAAAUGACAUCUUCCCCAAGUGGAAAGAAAGACAUCAAGUACAUUUUAGUUUCUCUGAUACUGGUCCAGAGUUUCACAUGCCCCCUCCUUGUUCUGUUGUAAUUCAGGAAUCAGAGGAAGGCCAUUGGCAUAUUCCGGUUAAGUCUGAGGACGAUUUUAAAUCAGAAAGAAGAUGGCUGUGCAUCACCCGUUGUAAAUCAGAUAAGGCUUCACAAAAUUUUUCAACAAUAUCUGAAGAUGAAGAAUGCGUGGGAUCUUCUCCUGAAGCUGCAUCUACUGCGGAGUUACAACAUGAGAAGCACAAAGGAAUAAAGGAGGAACAUCAAAAAUUGUACAAAAGUCUGAGGGAUAUAUUUUCAGCAUCAGGGUCACUGGAGUCAGAUCAUAGGACCUUGUUAACUGAAAUUGAAGCUGCAGAGUUUCUUGGCGGCUGUACCAUUGAUUUUCAGAUAUGAAUUUCAUUAUUUAUAUUCAGUUCCAUGAAUGAUACCCUAUUAAUUUUGACUCCUAGGUAUAAUGUAAAGCUCCAAUAUAAGUUGUAUGUAUAGCUUAAGGAUGAGUAUAAUAAUGGUAGUUAAGAAGGGGAUAAAAUAGUUCUAGCACAAUUUUUUGAAAUAAUCUCACAAUGGUUUUGGAUAACUGCUUUGUCAAUUGGUCCUCAAUUUACUGUGCUGAUAAAGGUAAAUUCUUG